GUGUAGCAGACAAUGGCGCUAGCAAGGAGAUCAACAUGUACUUCUUCGAGUCUAUGUUCGGCUACGCGCCCCUGCUCUUCGCCACCUAUCCGGCCUUAGCCUUGCGGCUGCCGGGCUUCGACGAGCAACGGCUCAAGUCCUCCCUGGCCAAGGCGCUGAAGGCGCUGCCGACCGUCGCGGGGCGCUUCCGCGACGACAGUAAGAAGAUGGUCUUGAACGGCGCCGGCGUGCCGUUUAAGGUCGUUGAGUCCUCGGAGUCUGCGGCUCCAGAGGUCCUCGAGGAGCGUUCGCUCCUGACUUUUGCCGACUUUUACCGCCCAGGUGCGGUCCGACAUGGUUCUGCUCCACCGAUGUCGAUCAAGCUCACGACCUACAAGGACGGCAGCGCCGUCCUCUGCAUGUGCCGAUCCCACAUACUCUUUGAUGGGACCUCGGCUUGGACCUUCCUGAACUAUUG